AUGGAGCAGCUGCGGAGUCCGGUGAUGCGGCUGGGUUUCGACAUGUUCCGCGCCACCCUGAAAAUCGUCGACGACGAGGAGGGGAUUAAUCAGAACUUUGUCGUCGGCAUUUUCGCGGCCGCUGCCGCUGCCGGUCUGAUUUACGUUGGAUCGGGUGGAAAGACCGCCGACAAGCUGGCCAGUAUCCUGCAUUUUGAUAAACUGUUCGAGGCGCGCUGCACCCCCGAACUCAUCACCAUCGCCUUCCGCCAGGCGGUCGCCCAUCUCACCAAACGCGCCGAUGAACAUUUUCCGCUGCACGACAUGCAGAUGCGUUCGCCGUUCCAGCUAGUACUGGCCCAUCGUGCCUUCUUCCGCAAAGGCCUGCGCGUCACAACAGAAUUCUUCCACAACGCCAAAUCCUUCAGCGUGGACGUGGGCGAGAUCGCCGGGAUGGACGAUGACGAGGAUUUCGAGCGUCUCCGCAGCGACAUCAACACGUGGGUGCAGCGCAACACCCGCGGCCAAAUCACCGAAGCCCUACCACCGUUGACACAGGUCGAUCACAGCGAAGAACUGACCAAUAUGUUCUUGAUCAGCGUCACCUCCGUCCGCGGGCGGUGGCAGCAAGCCUUCACCGAGCAGGACGUACAGCUGCAAGACUUCACCAAUCUCGACGGCACCCGUGUGCGGACGCCGUUUCUGACGUGCGAAGCCAUGCAUCUGCCGUACUACCAGGAGGGGCGGUUGUGUUAUCAGUAUUUGGAGAUUCCGUAUGCCAAUAAUGAGGCGUCACUGUGUCUGAUUCUGCCGUGUCAGACGCAAACCGGGAAGCGGGUGACGUUGAGUGAGCUGGUGAAGAGGUUCAGUUUGGAGGAUUUCAAGAAUAUGGGGAUUCAGAAGACGUUGAGGAAGGUGGAUGUGCGGGUGCCCGUGUUUGAGAUCGAUCAUACGUUCGAUUUGAAGGAUUUUUUUGGGAAGUUGGGCGUGAAUAAUCCCGAGAACGCGGAUUUGUCCAGGAUCGUCAAUGAGCCGGUGCACAAUUUCCGCUUGACCGGCGCGUAUCACAAAUGCUCGUUCGGCAUCAAUGAAAAUGGCACGAGCGCGGAAUUCUUCAACGAAGCCAACAAAGACGACGACGAUUAUUACGGACGGCGGCGCGCCAACAGCGGCGAUGUGGCACCGGUCCGGCGCAGCCUACGGUCCACCGCCACCGAGACCGUUACGUUCCACGCCGACCGCCCGUUCAUCUUCUGCGUCCGCCACAAUCUCUCCGGGAUGAUUCUCUUUAUUGGCCGCGUGGUGGACCUCUCUGCCGCCGAACAGACCCGCGAUCUACCGGUGAAACAAUCCGCGACAACGCCGCUGAAAGCGCUGUGGCAAAAAUCCAAAGACUGGCUGGAAAACGAGACGGGACUGAUCGGGCGCAAACGAACCGGUUCCAUGUAG